GUGCAGAUUGUGUACAGUGCUGUAGCUUAUGAGUGAUAUGGAGGAACAGCAACCGGACGACCGGAUCUUGCGAUCGGCAAGGCGCCCAGUAGCCCACUUGGCAUUAGGACCAGAGGGCGACAAACAUCUGUUCCGCCAGCUUAGGGAGAGGCAGCAGCAGCAAAGGAGGGCUAGAGCAGCAGAGGCUAGCAGGGCACUUGUGAGUGAGGCCACAGCUUCGGAAGCCAUGGCCACUUCAGCGCAGCAGACUUCUCAAGCCGGUAGUUUAGGGUCCGUCGGGUCAACGGUCGUGCAGACCCAGAGUCAGUCCACCGGCGUAAUGACGAGCCAGGCAUUGGUGUUGACCUCCGAUGAGAUCGCCAUACAGGAGGCAGCUCUAAAAGAGGCACAACUACAACAUGCAUUAGGACAGAUAAAAGUGAAGAAGGAAAGAAUGAUUAGAAGAAGAGCCAGGAUGCAGCGGAGAGAAGCGGACGUUAGCGAGUUAGAGGAGAUGGACCUGACGCACGUAACGGAUGAUGUGAGGAUCAUCCGGUCUGUCCUGCUGAAUGUAGUGGAGUUUGUGGUGAUGCCUUUCGGCCUUUGCAAUGCUCCUGACACCUUUCAGCACGCUAUGAAUCGGAUAUUCCAUGACUACUUGGAUAAGUUUGUCAUUGUGUACCUCGAUGACGUACUUAUUUUUAGUAAGAUUGUCGAGGAGCAUGUUGCACACUUGGACAAAGUCCUUAGUCUCCUGCGACAGCACAAGUUCAAGAUCAACGGUGAGAAGUGCGAGUUUGGCCGGACCCGUGUCUUGUACUUGGGUCAUGAGAUUUCCGCAGAAGGGUUGAAGCCCGAUGACGCGAAGGUGGCCAACAUUCGUGACUGGCCGCGUCCUCAAUCUGUGACUGAGAUGAGAUCUUUCUUAGGAAUGACAGGCUACUAUAGGACUUUCGUUAAGAACUAUAGCAUAGUGGUCGCUCCUUUGACUGAUCUGACCCGCCUUGACACCCCAUGGGAACGAACAGAUGAGUGCGAGGCUGCUUUCAAACAUCUGAAGCAUGCAUUGACGCACUACGAGGUCUUGAAACUUCCUGAUCCGGAUAAGCCGUUUAUAGUCACCACGGAUGCCAGCCAAUAUGGCAUUGGCGCCGUGCUCGUGCAACAUGAGGGGCCAAAGUUGAGGCCUGUAGAGUACAUGUCCAAGAAAAUGCCGUCUCAGAAGUUGGCUAAGUCCACCUAUGAGAAGGAACUCCAUGCGGUGUACAACGCUCUGACCCAUUGGAGACACUAUCUCCUUGGGAGGUUCUUCAUCCUCAGGACUGAUCAUCAGACCCUGAGAUGGAUGAGAACUCAGUCGGUGCUCUCUGAUGCUCUCAAGCGUUGGAUCGAAGUCAUUGAGCAAUAUGACUUUGACCCUCAAUAUCUGAAAGGGGAGUACAACAAGGUUGCGGAUGCCUUGUCGUGUAGACCUGAUUUCUCAGGUGCGCUGAUAACUGAAUUUGAUCUGACGGACAAUGUUACUCAGUCCUUGGUGGAAGCCUAUCGCGAGGACCAGUUCAUGUCUGAGAUCAUACGCAGACUCCAGGCCAAGGACAAGAAGACCUCUGCCGAGUUUGAAUUGGUCAAUGGCUUUCUGUUCCUUGAGAAGGCAGGGAAUAAACGAUUGUGUGUUCCUAAUAGCGAGUAUUUGCGUAGUUUGUUUUUAGGUGAAUGCCAUGACGCCACCAGACAUUUUGGGUAUAAGAAGACCACAGCCAAUUUGCUGCAGCGAUUCUGGUGGCCCACGAUGAUGCGAGACGCCCAACUGUACGUGGAGACUUGUCAGGUAUGUCAAAGAGACAAGCCACAUACUCAGGCUCCUCUUGGGCUCCUGAAGCCCCUUCCGAUUCCGGAAAGGCCUGGUGAGAGUCUGUCAAUGGAUUUCAUGGAUACUCUGAUCACCAGCAAGAGUGGAAUGCGCUAUACCUACGUCAUUGUGGAUAGAUUUAGUAAGUUUGCUAGACUAGUAGCGAUGCCGGCAACAGCUAAAACGGAGUAUGUCAUUAAGAUGUUCAAAGAGAAUUGGGUUAGAGAUUUUGGGUUGCCCAAGUCCAUAGUGAGUGACAGGGAUGUCCGAUUUACCAGUGAGUUGUGGAAAGCCGCGGCUGCGGAACAGGGGACCCAGUUGCAAAUGACUUCUGGGAAUCACCCAGAGUCCAAUGGCCAAGCCGAGCAACUAAGCUGUGCUGUUCAACACCUGUUGAGGCAUUAGAUCAAGCCCAAUCAGGUGGACUGGGAUGAGAAGCUUGCUCUCAUCGCCAGCUUGUACGAUAACACUGUACACAG